UCCACGAAGGUCGAAAAGAUUUCGAAUGUGACGAGUGUGAGAAGAAAUUUACACGAAAAUGUCAUGUAAUCGUUCAUCGAAGGACUGUACACGAAGAUCGUAAAGAUUACCCAUGUGACAAGUGUGAAAAAAAAUUUGGACGCAAAUCAAGCUUGAUAUUGCACCUUAAGAUACACGAAGCUGCAAACGAAGGUCGCAAAGAUUACGCAAUGGACAAGUGUGAGCAGAAAUUCGGUGAUUCGAAAAAUUCGAUCAAUUACCGAAAGACAAGAUCUACCGAAAAGAAAGACCGCAUGGAUUUUACAUGCGAUAACAACGAAGAAAAGUUUGGGGAUCAACACAAUGUUGGUGGACACCAAUUAAUAGUCUACAAAAGCCGCAACGAUUACGCAUGCGACAAGUGCGAGCAGAAGUUUAGGAUUCAAAGCAGUUUGAUGAGGCAUCGACAAAUGGUCCACAAAUGCCGCAAAGAUGAAACAACCAAGGAGGGCAAAAGGAAAACUAAGGCUCUAUGGAAUACAGUCAAAAAAAGAAAAAAAGGCAAGAAAAUUCGCAAAGACAAUCUGUCUGAUAGGUGUUACAAUUGCCUGGUCUGUCGAUAUCAACGAUCAUUGUCAAAAAAAAAAAAACAAAAAAAACUCGUGACUCGUAACGAGUGAACGUGAAGAGCACCCCAAAUGUCUUCAUAAAUCGACAGCAUACUCAGUUGCGUAUUAUAUCAGGGGAGACGUAAUUAUCAAUUCUUAAUGGUGAAAAUAGGGCAUUUUCAUUACGGGUAACUCAAAUUUUUCUCAAUUAUACGAGUCUUGUAGUUAUUUCAUCAAUGAAAUAAUUUAAAACGAUUUAAUAAUUUUCUUGACAAGUGUAUCAAUUGAUGCUGCAAGUUUCUAUAAUAAAAAUGUUAAUGUCUCUUACGUCACAAACUGUGAACUAUCUAUCAAUGUAUAUAGCAGUUUCUUAUCUGGAUAAAGACAUUAAAUUUUUUAACCUGUGUAUCGUAACUAUUAAUUUUCAUACUGAUUGUUAAUCAAUUGCGUGUGACACAUGCGCUUAUACAUUUUUUUAGUUCGAUGACUAAAUAUUUAUUUAAUCAAUUUAAUUUCUCUGAAUAAUCGCGUUAUU